AUGCCUAUUAAUGAAUACGAAUCGCAAAGACUAUCGAAUAUUGAGGUUAACAAGCAAAUUCUAUGUGAACUUGGCCUUGAAAGGCCCCCACCAAUUUUUACAGCACCAAAGACAGUAAGAAAAAAGAUCACAAGCGACAAAAGAAAAAUAUCGCGUCGAUUUAACAAGAACCAGAACAGUAUUGCUUCCAGUAGCGACUCUAUUGACAAAGUAAAAAGUGAUCCAAAUUGGCGCCAAAAUCGACCGGAUCCUCAUCAAUUUGGUAAUUUUGGAUUUGAAGUUGGCCAACAAGAAUGGCUUGUUGUCAUUCUGCAGCUUAUGCACCGACUAUCGCGGGAAUAUCGUGGCGCGAGGUGGAGUAUUGCUUUGUCAGGGGGAUAUGAAGAUGAAGAUACCGGUUCGGGUGGUAGAGACUUAAAGGGUACCAAAGUUAAUCCAAAAAAUUUGAGAAUUGCACCAAAAGUAUGUAAACAACCUGAUUUUUGUCAUUAUAGAUUAAGUCAAACCAUUGCAUUUGUUUUUGAUAUUUGUAGUCGAACCCAUUCGAAUAAUCCGUUGAAAGAUGGUGGGAAAGUAUAG